AUGCAUUCAUCUCAAGAUUUAAGACGGCAGGUGCCACCAGCGGAUGAUGGAAUUUGGCUCAUAGAUGAUGAGGGUGAUCCAAUAAAAAAGAGAGGUCGAACUACUUGUGCAGAUAUACAGAGCAUGCCUCCAGGUACACGGGUUCACAUUGAAGUCAAUGAGAAUAUGGUGCCAUGUAAUAUACCAGAGUCUAUUCUGCUUGGUUCAUACUUAGGGGUUCUAGCUAGAGAUCCUAUUUUGGCACCGAUCUCAUUCUCAGAUUGGCGCAAUAAAGGGAUGGAACUUUUUAAAAAGAGAAUGCUAGCUGAAGUAGAGGCCAAAUUUGAGUUCCUUGCAAAUAUAAAGCAUUGGAUACUACAAUCUCUUGGGUCCAAAUGGCGCAAUUAUAAAAGUAGUUUGAAGGCAGAACACUGGGAUAGUAGACCACUACAGGAGAUUAUGGAGGCUGUCCCUGCAGGAGUAGAUUCAGUGCAGUGGUGUCAAAUUGUUAAUAAGUGGUCACAACCUCAGGACAAGUCUAUACGAGAUCGCCUGCUAUUAUGGCAAAUCAAUCGUAAGCGUAAAGAUGGAUCAUGGUCAUCUGAGGCGGCCAGAGAAAAAUGGGCACGUGCUUCUGAAAUGCUUGCCGAGGAAGGGUUGACGCCAGAAGAUGGAAAUUUUGAGGCCAAUGAAAAAGUUUUCAAAACAAUAAUGGGCCCAGAACACCCAGGGAGGGUACGCACACAGGGUUUUGGGGUCACUCCAAGCAGAUAUUUUCCUCAUAGCACCACGACUCGAGGCAGCAGCAGUGGAGGAAAUACUGCAUUUGAUCGAGUGGUAAGACUUGAGGAGGUGGUGCAAACACUACAAAGUGAGGUUAGACAAUUCAUGAAAAAUCAUCAGGGACAACAUCCACUACCUGGAAGCUCAACUAUGACAACUGGAAGCUUUACUGUAGAUUUGAUGGAUUGUCUCAACCCUCUGAAGGUAAAGAAGUUCGCAUCUGCUUCGGUUCCAGGAGAAACAACGAAGUCCGAGGUGAUAUCAGGAUACGGAAGGGUUGAUAGGGUAGAUAUGAAGGCAGGUGCUAAUACAGGUGGCUCUUCUUUCUCCUGGUACCUGGACAGUGGCACAACAACACACUUGACACCUGAUAUUCAAUCAGUUCGGUAA